GAACUGGCUGGCCUGGUGCCCUCGGCUGCGCACCCUCCUCCUGGUCCUGCUCCUUAUCUACCUCUCCGUGCCCUUCCUCGUCCGCCUCUUCCCAAACCUGCUCACCAAAUUCGUCUUCCUGAACUUCUUGGCCUUCCCCUUCUUCGUGGACCUUCGGCAGCCAGAGCUGCUCCUCAACAACACCAUCAGCCUGUACCUCACCCCUGAGCCGGGCGUCACUGUCGGCCUGUGGCAUACGGUGCCGGGCAGCAGAGGGGCCGAGGCGCGGGGCAAGGACCAGCACUGGUAUGAGGAGGCACUUGCUGAUGCUCACCCCGUGAUCAUCUACCUGCAUGGCAAUGGGGGGACCAGGGCUGCGAACCACCGCAUCCAGUUCUUGAAGACGAUGGGAGCUGCUGACUUCCACAUCCUGGCUCUGGACUACAGAGGCUAUGGGGACUCCAGUGGGCACCCCACGGAGAGCGGCUUCACCACCGAUGUCCUGGCACUCUACGACUGGGCCAAAGCGCGGAGUGGCAACAGCAGCAUCCUCUUCUGGGGACACUCCCUGGGGACAGGGAUUGCCACCAACGCGGCAAGGAAGCUGCAGGAGGAGCAAG